AUGUAUCCUCCAGCCAGAUGGUGCUGUGAUAACCGGGAGGUUGGUUAUUUAAGAAUCAUGUUUUACUUGAUUGUUCUAAGAAAUCAGUACAGUUUAUGUCGGAAGGGUGAUGAUCAGAGUUUAGAGCAGAUUUCGGUUGUAUGUGAAUUUCCAUAUGUAUUUUCGGAUGAUAUUAAUGAAUUUUCACUUAACCGGGAGGUUGAAUUUGCAAUUGAGUUGGUGCCUAGAGCCGGUCCGAUUUCGAUUACUCCUUACAAGAUGUCCCCUUUGGAGAUGGCUGAACUGAAGGCUCAGUUGGAAGAUCUGUUGGAACUUCUGAAGGCUCAUCGAGACAGUAAAGCGUUACGUAAGGUAUUACUAGCAGUUGAACAAGGGAAACAGUGGAGAGUGCCAGAAGGACAGGAUGGUUUGUGGAGGUUCAAGAACCGGAUUGUUAUGCCAGAUAUUGGAGACCUGCGACAGAGAAUCUUGAAGGAAGCUCAUAAGAGCGGGUUUUCAAUCUAUCCAGGGAGCACUAAAAUGUAUCAAGAUCUGAAAGCGAUGUUUUGGUGGCCAGGUUUGCCUAGAAUCCGGUCUGGUUGUGAUGCUAUUUGGGUGGUUGUGGAUCAACUGAUGAAAUCAGCUCACUUUCUUCCUAUCCGAAUAAGUUGCACAAUGGAGGAAUUGACUCGAAUGUAUAUCAAAGAGAUUGUCAGGUUACAUGGCGUACCUUCUACCAUUAUAUCUGACAGAGAUCCCCAUUUUACAUCAAGGUUCUGA